AUGCGAUACAUCCGCUUCCUCAAAAGUCCCCGGGUUGUCACUGACAAAACCACGGCGAGAAAGCAAGUCAGCUGCCUCAUUACCAUCACAUCGGAUCUUGGAGAUUCUUUUCUUCCUUACGACAUCCGGCUAGCAGCAGAGCUGUUGGCGACUGCAGAUUCGCAAGAAGAUGUGCUACUAUGGUCGACCGUGCAGUGGACGGCCGGCAUGCGGAGUCUGCCCAUCACAUUCCCCCUCCCCAGGUCUCGGGCAUCAUGGUCCCAUUUGCGAGUAAGAGUGGGCGGGGAGCCGAAACGAAUUCACGAUGAGCUUGCAACCAUAUCCGACUCUGACGCUCGAGGUGUCGUGUCUGCCUGGAGUCCGCCAUUCACGUCUGAUGUAGAUGCUCCAAAGUUAGUGGAAAGGCGGUUCAAGCUCCUAGAUGGACCAAUUACUACCAUCUGGGAGGAGACAGGAGAGAGCAUUGCAAGACAUUUAUGGGACGCUGGUAUCACGCUCUCGUGUCAAAUAACAGCACUGACAACCCCAAACUCCGAUCUAGCUAAAGCAUUGCUACCGUCUGUAUCCAAACCACGCUUGAAUGUCCUCGAAUUGGGUACUGGCUGCGGAAUGGUUGGUAUCGCAAUCGCUCAAACCAUCUCGAACUCCAAAGUCCUCCUAACCGACCUUCAAGAGGCCAGAGAGAUUGUAGAGCGUAAUAUGCACUAUGCUAUCGAAGCACCAGGCGCGUCACUAGAUUUCAUGGAGCUGGACUGGGAUGCAGAUCUGCCUGAUAUUUUGCAGUCUACCUCAGAACAGCUUGAUCUUGUAGUCGCGGCUGAUUGCACAUACAAUCCAGAUAGCAGGUAUGGCUUUCUCUUACGUCAUCCCAUAUGUUUGAUAAAAUCAAGGAACAAGGUUGAUCUAACGUCCAUCUACAGCCCAGCAUUGGUGAAUACUCUGACACGACUGGUCAAAGCAAGCCCAGAAAUCGUUGUUGCUAUCGCAAUGAAGAUGCGUCAUUCGAGCGAGGAAGUCUUCUUCGAACUCAUGGAAGAUGCAGGAUUCAUAAAGAAAACCCAAAUCGAAUUUCCGUUACCGGGAGAUGUAGAGAUCGGUGAAGAGAUUGUCUACCUCCAUGUUUACAAGGCUGCCACGACGUAG